CAUCGAAACCGGUCAGGUGAGAAUUCUGAAAGCAGUACUGUAACGGACUGUCCCACACAAACAAUCUAGCCUUGCUGCUCCCAACCACUAGGAGGAACACUGGAAUAGGCAUCGUACCGUAGUGUGCGGUGCGUUGUGGUGUGACCAUUGUACAAGGAAGCAGACUCCAGCAGGACAACAGUGUCGAAGUAUGGAGGGAGAGAGGGAAUUGUUCGAAUAAUAGGCCUACACUACAUGGAGACACGAAAUGGCAUCUUCAACCAGCGAGAGGAGGGCAUUUGCGCUCAAAAUUAAUAGGACCGUUGCUGCAGAGGUCCGGAAGCAGGUAUCCAGAGAUUAUGGCUCCCCUCAGCUCUCCAAGAAACGAGGAGCCCAUCACCCCGUGCCGCUGACAGAGGUGGUGGAGCCUGUGGACUAUGAGGAGUAUGUGAGCAACCACGCCCCCGGGGUGGAGCCUGGCCCCCUCAGGCAGCUGAUGGAGUUCCCCCCAGACGAUCUGGAGCUCCUCCUGCAGGAGAGAGAGUGCACUACCCUGGAGCCCCCUCUGCCAGAGGAGGACAUACUGGACCCCAGAGUGAGAGAUGCCUUGAGUGUCUACACAGAUGAUUGGCUGAUCAUCCAGAGGAAGUACCAGUCCUACAGUACAACACACACGCCGCACAACUCGGAGCGGCAGAGGGAGAGGCAGCGGGGCCUCGUCAAGCAGACCUUUGAACUGGAUGAGGCCGCAGUCGUAGAGCGCCAGGAUGACCUGGAGGAGGCGAAGCGGCGCUCCGUGUCCCUGGACGACACGCCCCGGGGUAGCUGGGCCUCCAGCAUCUUUGACCUGAAGAGCAGCUCCCCCGAUGCCCUGCUGCCCUCCGUGUUGGAGCCCACGGCUGCAGACGACAUGGACCGCCGCAACGCCGAGGCCCGUCUGCAGGGGCGCCACCGCGACCUCCUGGGGCUCUUCUCUCCCCCUGAUGAGGACGAGGCGGUGGAGAGAUGUUCUUUACCAGAGGUUCCCAAGGAACACUGUGGUCAGCGGAUCAUGGUCAAGUGUUUGUCCCUCAAAUUUGAGAUAGAAAUUGAGCCAAUAUUUGGGACACUUGCUCUCUAUGAUGUCAAGGAAAAGAAAAAGAUUUCGGAGGACUUCCACUUUGACCUGAACUCUGACCAGAUGAAGGGCUUGCUGCGGCCUCACACUCCUCACAUAGCCAUCUCCACCCUGGCCCGCUCUGCCAUCUUCUCCGUCACAUACCCGUCGGCAGACAUUUUCCUGGUCAUUAAGUUGGAGAAGGUCCUUCAGCAGGGAGACAUUGGGGAAUGUUCUGAACCAUACAUGGUAAUGAAGGAGUCUGACUCAUCAAAGGUAACACACAAGGAGAAGCUGGAGAAGCUGCGUCAGCAGGCCGAGACAUCCUGCUCCAGGCUGGGGAGGUUCAGGAUGCCCUUCGCCUGGACUGCCAUCCACCUGCUAAACAUCGUCAGCAGCGUGGGGGGGCUGGAUCGCUCAGACCCCGACUCUGACUCUGAGCGUAAAGGCCUGGGAACGUGGAACGAGAGGAAGAAGAAAGGCUUUGAGCGGAUGAGUGUAGGCGAGGACAUGUGUAACUUUGCCACCUUUCGUCCAGCCACUCUGACCGUCACAAACUUCUUCAAGCAGGAGGGAGACAGACUGAGUAAUGAAGAUCUCUACAAGUUUCUGGCUGAUAUGCGUAGACCCUCCUCUGUCCUUCGCAGACUGAGACCAGUGACAGCCCAGUUGAAGAUAGAUAUCUCUCCAGCCCUAGAUGCUCCUCACUACUGUCUGUCUCCUGAGCUGCUCCAUGUGAAGCCCUAUCCUGACCUAAGGGUCCGCCCUACCAAGGAGGUGCUGGAGUUCCCUGCCCGCUAUGUCUACACCCCUCACACCAGCUACAGGAACCUGUUGUACGUCUACCCCCAGAGCCUGAACUUCAGCAGUCGGCAGGGCUCGGUCAGAAACAUAGCUGUCAAGGUGCAGUUCAUGGCGGGCGAGGACCACAGUCUGGCCAUGCCGGUCAUCUUUGGCAAGUCCAGCUGUGCAGAGUUCUUCCGAGAGGCUUAUUCACCAGUCAUUUACCAUGACAAGUCGCCAGAGUUCUAUGAGGAAGUGAAAAUGAAGAUUCCAGCCAACCUGACAGACAACCACCACCUCCUGUUCACGUUCUACCACAUCAGCUGUCAGCCCAAACAGAACACACCACUGGAGACCCCAGUGGGGUACACUUGGAUUCCUCUGAUGCAACAUGGUCGUCUUCGGACCGGUUCCUUCAGCCUGCCGGUCUCAGUGGAGAAACCCCCACCGAGCUACUCUGUACUCACCCCUGAUGUGCAGCUCCCAGGCAUGAAGUGGGUGGAUAAUCACAAGCAGGUUUUUAAUGUGGAGGUGAAGGCUGCCUCUUCGGUUCACACUCAGGACCCCCACCUGGAUAAGUUCUUCACCCUGUGCUACGUCCUGGAGGAGUACUCGUUCCCCUUCCGCCUGAAGGAUGUGAUCAUCACUGAGGCCAACGUGGAGGGGGAGCUGAAGGCUAGCAUGGCUGCCCUGCGCGCGGCCCUGCUGGACACCUGCGUCCGCUUCCUCCACCAGCUGCUCUCCAAACUCAUCCGGCUCAUUGUUCACCCACCAGUCAUCGCAGGACAGAUUGUGAACCUGGGUCGCGCAGCUUUCGAGGCCAUGUCCCUGCUAGUUAACCAGAUCCAUAAGAACCUGGAGGGGAACCAGGACCAGCACGGCAGGAACAACCUGCUGGCCUCCUACAUCUACUACUGCUUUCACCUGCCCACCACAGAGCCUGCCAUGCCCCCUACUGGCGGGGCCUCCCCGCCCUAUGAGCUGCCCAUCCAGUACGCCACGUUGUCCAGGGCGACGGCUCGCCCCAGCAGCCUCCACCUGUCCCGCUCCAAGAGCAUCAGUAACUCCAACCCGGACCUGGCCACCUCCCCCACGUCGCCUGACGAGGAGGUGCAGAGGAUCAUCGGCAGCAAGGGGAUAGACCGCUCCCACUCCUGGGUAAACUCUACUUAUGCUCCCGGGGGCUCCAGAGCUGUGCUACGCCGGAACCCCAACUCCAACUGUGAGCUCAAGCAGCCUAGUGACCGUGGCUGCAAUCGCAUGUCUGCCUUUCUGGACAGCGCCACCUUCUGUUCAGCUCCCACCAGGCAAAUUGCCAAGAAGUUGCUCCAUGAGGAGCUGGCUCUGCAGUGGGUUGUGAGCUCCAGCGCUGUGAGGGAGGCGGCGCUCCAACAGGCCUGGUUCUUCUUCCAGCUCAUGACCAAGAGUAUGGCGCACCACCUGUUCAUGUCCUCCCGGAUGGAGGUUCCCAGACGACAGCGCUUCCCUGACCGCUUUGUGGAUGACAUAGCUGCUCUGGUGUGUGCUGUCGGUGCAGAUAUAGCGGGCCGAUACCACAAGGAUGUGGAGCUUGUGGAGAGAUUAAACAGCAGUCUGGCCUUCUUCCUGAAUGACCUGUUGUCUCUUAUCGACCGUGGCUUUGUCUUCAACCUCAUCCGCUCCUACUACAAGCAGAUCGCCAACAAGCUCCACACAGCCCAGAAUCCGAGCUCCCUGACAGCUUUGAGGAUGGACUUCACCAGGAUUGUGUGUAGCCAUGAGCACUACGUCACCCUCAACCUGCCCUGCUCCACCCUCAGCCCUCCGGCCUCCCCCUCCCCCUCUACAUCCUCCACCACCUCCCAGGGUUCAGCGUUCUCCAGUAUGCACCAGGACCAGGGCGUGGCCAGUAUGUUUGAGCUCUCUGUUCCCUUCAGACAGCAACACUUCCUGUCUGGUCUGCUUCUCACUGAGUUGUCACUCAUCCUGGAGCCUGAUGGGGAGGGGGUGUUCUUCCUGCAUAAGAAGGCCAUCAGCGCGGUGCACUCUCUGAUGUGCAGUCACGACGCGGACCCCCGCUACACAGACCCCCAGGUGCGCGCCCACGUGGCCCAGCUCUACCUGCCCCUCAUCCCCAUCAUCAUGGACACCCUGCCCCAGCUCCAUGACUUCACAGACACCUCACCCUCCCGGGGGCGCCACGCCGCCUCUGUGCCUGACGACGGGGACCCAGACAAUGGGACCAUCAAUCAGUCUGUUGCCAUGGCGAUCGCUGGCUCCCCGCUGCCUCACGCUAAAUCCCCCAACUUCACCAUGCCGACGGCGGCCGGUCGUCAGUGCAGCUCUCUGUCUGCUGAGUGCAGUAGGACCCUGCUGGUGUGUUUCCUCUGGGUGCUGAAGAACGCAGAUGCUGAUCUGCUGGAGAGCUGGGUGUCGGACCUCUCCGUGCUGCAGAUCAACAGACUGCUAGACCUGCUACAACUUUCCGUGUCCUGCUUUGAGUACAAGGGGAAGAAGGCUCUGGAGCGUAUCAACAGCCUGACAUUUAAGAAGUCUCAGGACAUGAAAGCCCGUCUGGAGGAGGCUAUACUGGGGACUAUUGGAGCCCGCCAGGAGAUGGUCCGUCGCUGCCGAGAGCGAAGUCCAUACGGCAAUGAGAAUGUCAGGUGGAGGAAGAACGUCACCCACUGGAAACAGAACACUGACAGAGUGGACAAAACCAAGGCCGAGGUGGAGCAGGAGUCGGUGGUGGACGGGAACCUGGCCACCGAAGCCUCCCUGGUGGUACUGGACACACUGGAGAUCGUGGUGAAGACUGUGCUGGUGUCAGAGCUGAAGGAGAGCGUCCUGGGUGGGGUGCUGAGGGUUCUCCUCCACAGCAUGGCUGGGAGCCAGAGCGCCCUCUUCCUGCAGCACUGCUUCACUACACAGAGGGCCCUGGUCUUCAAGUUUCCGGAAAUGCUGUUCGAGGAGGACACGGAGCUGUGCGCCGACCUGUGCCUGCGUCUCCUGCGUCACUGCAGCAGCAGCGUGGGUUCGGUCCGGAGUCAGGCCUCGGCGUCCCUCUACCUGCUCAUGAGGCAGAACUUUGAGAUCGGCAACAACUUCGCGCGGGUGAAGAUGCAGGUCACCAUGUCCCUGUCCUCGCUGGUGGGGACGUCUCAGAACUUCAACGAGGAGCACCUGCGACGUUCCCUGAAGACCAUCCUGACCUACGCAGAGGAGGAUCUGGAGCUGCGCGACUCGCCCUUCCCGGAGCAGGUCCAGGAUCUGGUGUUCAACCUGCACAUGAUUCUGACCGACACGGUCAAGAUGAAGGAGCACCAGCAGGACCCUGAGAUGCUUAUAGACCUCAUGUACAGGAUUGCUAAGGGCUACCAGAACUCCCCGGACCUGCGUUUAACGUGGCUGCAGAACAUGGCGGGGAAGCACUCUGAGAGGGGGAACCACGCGGAGGCAGCCCACUGCCUGGUGCACAGCGCCGCCCUGGUGGCAGAGUACCUCAACAUGCUGGAGGACUGCCGAUACCUGCCCAUCGGCUGCGUCACCUUUCAGCACAUCUCAUCCAACGUGCUGGAGGAGUCGGCAGUGUCCGAUGACAUCCUGUCCCCAGAGGAAGAGGGUAUCUGUGCGGGGAAGUAUUUCAGCGAGUUGGGCCUGGUGGGGCUCCUGGAGCAAGCAGCAUCCUCCUUCCACAUGGCUUCCAUGUAUGAGGCCAUCAAUGAGGUCUAUAAGAUCCUGCUCCCCAUCCACGAGGCCAACAGAGACUUCAAGAAGCUGGCCACUGUCCAUGGAAAGCUGCAGGAUGCCUUCAACAAAGUCUACAACCAGAGUUCAGGGUGGGAGAGGAUGUUUGGGACCUACUUUCGGGUGGGCUUCUACGGCUCUCGCUUUGGAGACCUGGAUGAGCAGGAGUUUGUGUACAAAGAGCCUUCUAUCACCAAACUGGCUGAGAUCUCACACAGACUAGAGGAGUUCUAUGCUGAGCGUUUCGGGGAUGACGUGGUGGAGAUUAUCAAGGACUCCAACCAUGUGGACAAGAACAAGCUGGACCCCAAUAAGGCGUACCUCCAGAUCACCUACGUGGAGCCCUUCUUCGACACGUACGAGCUGAAGGAGAGGAUCACCUACUUCGACAAGAACUACAACCUGCGCGCCUUCAUGUACUGCACCCCCUUCACCCUGGACGGACGCGCCCACGGAGAUCUGCAUGAGCAGUACAAACGCAAGUCCAUCCUCACCACGUCCCACGCCUUCCCUUACAUAAAGACACGCAUCAACGUCAUCAGCAAAGAGGAGAUCAUCCUGGUACCCAUGGAGGUGGCUAUAGAGGACAUGCAGAAGAAGACCCAGGAGCUGGCCUUCGCCACCCACCAGGAGCCUGCUGACGCCAAGAUGCUGCAGAUGGUCCUGCAGGGGUCAGUGGGCACCACCGUCAACCAGGGGCCUCUGGAGGUGGCUCAGGUGUUCCUGUCAGAGAUUCCUGAUGACCCCAAGCUGUAUCGUCACCAUAACAAACUACGCCUCUGCUUUAAAGACUUUACCAAGAGGUGCGAGGAUGCUCUGAGAAAGAACAAGACUCUGAUUGGUCAAGACCAGAAAGAGUACCACAGGGAAAUGGAGAGGAACUACAAUAAGCUCAAAGAGUCACUGGGACCCCUCAUCAACCGCAAGAUCCCCCAACUUUACCGAACCCUGCCGGCUACAGGGCCUCAGCCGGCAACACUAACGCACAGAAAUUCAUUUAGUAGGUCAAGUCUCCGCAGGGUGGACUGUUGAAACGGCGCCGACCUCCUCUGUGGAGAAAAACAACGUUUCUCAAGACUUCCUCCUGAUUUCCGCUGGUCUGUCUGUGCCCUCCACCUUACCCCCUCCUACCCCCUCCAUCCUACCCCCUCCACCUUACCCCCUCCAC